AUGGAUUCCGGUAAUCCUCUUCUUCGACAGCAACAGCAGCAAGUUCUUCCACACUUGGAACGAGAGCACCACCGCCAGCACCAUCACUACCAGUAUCUUCAACCUCCGCUUCAGCCGCACCAGCAACAACAACAGCAACAGCAGCAGGCGGCGGCGGCGGCAGCACUACUACAAGUGCAGCAACAACAUCAUCAGCAGCAACAGCGAAUAAAAACUGGUUGGGGCGCGACGACAGCAGCGACAGCGACAGCAGCAGCAGCAGCGGCUGCGGCGACUUCGACGUUCAUCCAGAAUAUUGUCAGCACUGCCGCUAGUACUAGCAGCGGUGGAGGAGGAGAGCUUUUGAUGUAA